UUUCUCUGUUAUUUUCUGUGUGUUUCUUUUCCUCCUCGCCGCUGCUGUUUCUGCUGCUGCUGUUGUAAAAGCACAAUAAAAACAGCACGGAGGGAGCAGAAGCCAUAAGAUGAAGAAACGUUAUGUGGACGCGAACAGGCUACGGAAAAUGAAGAAGCUGAAGAUAACGGAGAAGCUGUCGGAGAGCGCGUACACCGUCCUGAAGUUUAUGAUGAUGUGGACGCUGGUGCUGCUGGCAGAUUUCAUCCUCGAAUUCAGACUGGAGUAUCUGUGGCCGUGCUGGCUCUUCUUUGGGAGCGUAUACACCACUUUCCACUGCCACGGGCUGGUUAUUUGUGUUGUUUUUGUUUGUGCGGCCUUCACUCUGGACAUCUUUUGUUUAAUUUUUGUUCCUUUGCAUUGGCUGUUCUUUGUGGCGAGCACCUAUGUAUUAUUCAAUUACAUAUGGCACACAGAAAAAGGCAUCUGCAUAUCGACAGUGUCGCUGUGGAUUCUGCUCGUGUACACAGAAGCUUCACUUCGACUCAAAGACCUGAAAACCUCUCACGCCAACCUGUCUCAUCUAUUUGCUGCACACUGCAUUGGAUAUCCUGUGGUGUAUCUGGGGUUUUAUGCCACCUGCUAUUUUACCAACAUCUUCAAGCUGCGCAUACAGAAAUCAGUGCAGAGCGAGAACGACUUCCACAUGCACCUCCUGCAGCACUCGCUCCCUCCAGGCCUGCAGGUUUACCCCAAGACUGGCACAGAUGGCAGCAGCAGCUCUAAAUGGAAGAUAAAGUCUGAGUCGACUCAGUACCAGUGUCAGAACGGCGCUGUCGUGGCCCACGAUGAGGGACACACUGUGGACUGCCUCCAGAUCCGCAGUGAGGAGAGAGCGACAGAGAAAGGAACACAGGAGGUGAGGUCAGCCGAAUCAAACCGGCGGCCGUCAUCAUCCAAACCUGGCGAGUCCAGAGAUCUGCUUCACUGCGGGGCAGGAGGACCGGAAUCUUCUACGACCCCAGAAAAUCUACCUCAAGAUGAGCCAGGAAGCAAAGCCACACGGCCGACUAAAAGCUCCUCGCCAAAAGCCAGCAGAGGCAGCACAAACACUCCUUCGCCACCUGCUGGGAGGACUGAGAAGAAACAGAGAUCCAGCUCAAAGACAGUCAGCCCUAACCGGGACGCAACAGACAAGAGCACAGCCACAGCAGCUCAGAAUUACCACGCUGAACACAUGAACAAGCUGGAGCAGGAGCUGAGGAGGCUGAAGGGCGAGCUGCAGACGAGCAGGCAGAGCGAGCAGGAGCUGCGUAGUCACAUCUGCAACUUGACCAACAGCGAGAGGAGCCUGAGACCAGAGGUUUCCCUGCUCAGACAGUCCAACAUGCUGCUCCAGAGCAAGAUUCUGUGUCUGACUAAAACCAAGCAGAGGGACAAACAGAGCAGUGCGAUGCUGGAGAAGAAGACCAGAGCGGAGACGGAGGCCAGACUCUCUGUUGAGAAACAGUUGGCUGAGCUUCAGGCUCAGAAACUGGAGGACGCAGCCAGCACAGCACGGAGUCUAACAAACAGGCAGGAACACUGUGAAACCCAAAUGUUAAGGAAAAGAGUUAAAGAUCUAGAGACAGAGUUCAAACAACUACAGCUGGAGUAUCAAGUGAAAGAGAGUCGUGUGGUAGAUCUAGAGAGUGAUAUUGAGGCUUUGGGAAAGUACCGCUGUGUGGAGAAAGAGACAGACAUGCUGCUGUCCACUCUGUCAGCCAUGCAGGAGAAGGCUCAACAUCUGGAGUACAACCUGAGCGCUGAGACUCGCAUCAAACUGGACCUGUUCUCGGCUCUGGGAGACGCCCGCAGGCAGCUGGAAAUUGCUCAAGAUAAAGUGAUGAAGCAGGACCGCGAGAUAAGGGAGAUGAAGCAGAAGAUUGCAGAGGUGAUGGCCGUCAGUCCCGGCGUAUCCUACAUGGCCCCUCGGCCUCCCGUGCCGCAGUAUCUCACCAAGUUACUCAACUCUGAGCGCUACAUGCUGAAUCCACGAGCACUGAUGUACCAGUGUUUAAAGAAAUAAAGGAUGUCAUCGCUUUUUUUCUGAUCCUCAGACCUCUUUGGCAAACCCCCUCAUUAUAAAACAAUCAAGGGAAGAGGCUAAUGGAUUUUAUUACAGAGCUAAAUGACACCACGAAGUCAACUACUUCCAGCCAUGAGUGGAACCAGAAUGAUCCUCCACAAGUCGAAUGCCUUUCGCUGCACUGAUGGUGCUAACCUGACAUUAUUACAUAUAUUUCCUGAUUCAUCACACAUCAAGAGUUUCACUCCAAAAUAGGAUAUCUGAUAUGCAGAGCUGCUGUAGGCACACUUUUUAUGUUAAGAUACAGUUGUCCUAACAGUACGAACCAUUUACGUUGGGAUGCGCCAGAGAAAAGGACAAACAUUUGUUCAGAUUCAGAUCCUGUAGAUUUGUGUAAAAUCUGGUUUCACACAGGAGACAAAACAAGUGUUUCUAAGUUCAUGAGUCCUGUUAACUCUGGUCAAAAACAGCUGCGCCCAAUUGUUCUGCCUCUCUCGUCUAUUGCCAGAAACUCAGAUCUCAGAUCAGUGAUCGUGAAUUUUCCGUUUUACUCAUGUCACAGUUCAAAAUUGACGGGUAGAUACCCAACGGAUCCACUAACAAGUUACUGACUGUUGCCUUAAAAGACCUGAUGACUCUCCACAACUCUUGUUUUUCUUGGUAUAAAAGUAAAACUAACCACUCGAUAUUAUUUAUGUCUUCAUCAGAAGAAUUGUACUUACAAAGUUGUAAGACUUUAGAGACGAUACUAACCUCUGUUUCAAUCAUUACAGACUGAUCUUGAUUUGACUAAAGAGUUUAAACUAACAUGAUGAAAUGUUAAAAUCUUGAGCCAAAUCCUCUUUAGUAAAUAUAUAUAUAUUAGAACAAAAGGAUCUAAUAAGCCUAUAAACCACAGACAUCUACUUGUGUCCAAGUGAGCUGUGAUUAGCCAGCAUGAACAAUACUAGGACCCUGAAACUGAAGCAGCUAAAUGGAAUUCAGCCAACAUUAACUCCAUAUUCUUUGUUCCCUGUGGUUGAGCCCCAAUCAAAUAUUAUUAUUAAAGAUUUCCUGCUGUCACAUAUUUUAGUAAAAUGUGUUCAUUUAGACAUCAGAACUGUGAACAAUGUCUCAAUAUAUUUAUAGAGAAAUUAUAACAUUAAUUAUAAUUAUCUCCAAGCCCUAGUUAUGGUAGUCGUGUUUAUGGGCUUCCUUUGGAUUUUAAAAAUUAAAUAAAACCUUUAUUUGAUUAGAUACAAAUGUUAGGUCCAAUUCUAUAUAGAAUUCUCUCAAAGCAUAAAUAUACUUAUUAACCAACAGCAUUAGCAUAUUCUUAACUUUUAAGUAAAGUAUGCAACAAGAUGCUCUUGUCAGUGCCUGUAAAUAGUGGAUUAAGGUGAUUUGAAAUUGUGCUGAAAUUCAGAUGAGAGUCGUGGGUUCGUCAAGUUUAAAACCUCUAAAUGUUAUUUGGAAUGAGACCCGUCUCUUAAAUCAAAAUCUCUUUUGAUUUAAGAGGUUUUUGUAUGAAUCUUCCCGGCUGUAAUCUGGGAGUUUCUGUAAAAACUAUUAACAGUGAUGUUUAGUUGUUGGAGUGAUAAAGUUGAGGAGCUGCGAUUAUCUCUCUUUGUUUGAACUGACAGUUACAUUUUGAUGUACAGCAGCUCUCAGCUCCACAAUGGCAAACCCUUGGAAAAAAGACGAAGGGUGAGAAAGCAAACUGAACGUUUGCAACUUUUAUUUAUUUAUUUAUUUAUUUAUUUAUUUUGGUCGGCCAGAAUUAGACUUUGUCCCUGAGUUAAAGUUGUGCAUAACAAAUAAGGAAUGGUGUUGACCUAACGUGGGUCGUAAAUUUAAUUACUGUGCCUAUAUACAUUACUUUCAAACUGGGAAGUAAAACACAAAUUUAAUGUGAAAGAGUAAUGUGUUUGAAUUGAAGUGCUAUGUACUGUUUUUGUAGUUUUUUUGUUUCUUUCUUUUUGUUUCUUUUUUUUUACUCACAAUGUACAGAAUUGAAAAAUGCCCACGCAGCUGAAAACUACUCAUGAACUGGAUGUCACCAUUUUGGUAGCUUUUUAUUUAGAGUAUGUUUCUAGGGUGUUUUAUAUAAAAAAAUAUUUUUUAGUCUUGCUGUACUUUUAUUAUACUGCUGUAAUUUUGUACGGCAAUGUGUUCGUCAGCAUGAAAUGUGUUUUAUUCAACUGUUAUUUGAGCACACAUUGUGACUUUAAGUAUGUACAUGAAUAUACUUGUACAAGGGCUACAGUUUCUUAACAUUUUGAACAAAUAAUGAAUUGAAACAGUGAUGCUCUGAGAGUAGAGAUCACACUCCUGAGACACCAGGAUGGGUUUUUUGUAUAAAUAAU